AUGGCCUACGAGGAUGCGGGUGGCUGGGUGGAUGCCCGCCGCAGCUUCAAGGGCACCUACAGCGCCUGGCUCACAAAGGUAAAAGGUGAUGGGGCAAAGGCGCGUUGGUUCUCGAGCACGACAAAGAGAUAUUUCACCAUCGACUUCAAUGCGCAGCUUUUUUUCUAUGCGCAUUCGGAAAGUGACAAGACUGUCUCUCAUCCAAUUCGCUUCAAGGACAUCGUGGCAGCGGACCAGCUGCCGAUCGCCGAUUCGAAAAGUGAUCACAUCUUUGGCUUCUCUGUGCUCACUGCAGAGAGGACCUACGAGCUCUUCACAAGCUCCUACCAGGAUGCAGAAUCCUGGGUUUUCGGCCUCAAUAAUGCUCGAGACAUCGCCGCUGGGAGAGCGCCUGAUGGGCAGGCCGGCUCUCUCGCGGCGCCUGCUGCGGGUCAGGAGUUCACUCGGUAUUCCAACUCCACUUCAGCCUCAGACCAGAAUGGCGAUCCAGGCGGAGACGGUGAGAAGCGACGUCCAUGGGAGCCCCCGCCUGUGGCGCCGAAGAGGUUUCCAGCUCCUGCAAAAGAGGUACAGCAGGAGAUCCGGGCUCCGCCCCCUCCACCACCCGCCGUCGAGCAGGACCCCUUUGCCGCCUUAGAUGCCCUGGAGGAGCUGGCUGGGCCUGCCCCAGAUUCCGCACCGGCACCUGCGCCGCCGGGGCUCCAGGGCGAGCUGCUGAAGGAGGCCAGAGCUCGGGUGACGGGCGCGGCCGCCGCAAAGCGAACGCCGCAGGAAAUUGCGCAGUCGUCGAUGCCAGUGGCACCGCCACCACAGCCGGAGCACUCCGAGCCCAUCACCGCCGAGGCCGCUGCGCCCUCCGCACCUUUAAGUGGGAUCGCGCCGCCUGCAGGUAUCGCUCCCCCAGCAGGCUUAGGCAUGCCCACAGCUGGCAUCGCGCCCCCCGCGGGCUUUUCCAGUGCUCCCUCCUUCGGCUCUUUGCCCACGGCUUCCAUGGAGCUGGGCCGGCGGGAGGAGGCACAACUUCCCGAAGAGGCACCGCUGCCCGAGGUUUCUGCCACGGACGAGAACUGGGACGCCCCUGCUCCGCCGACGGCCGAGGCACAGGAAAGCGGCUGGGAUGAUGACGAUCCUGCGGAGGGCCAGGACAGCGCGCCAAUGCCGCCCCAGGCGCCAAUGCCGCCUUCUGUGCAGAGUCCCGGGGACGACCUCGACGAUUUGGUUGGCGAAAUGAUGGCCACCGAUGCGACGGUCAUUGGUCACGGGCUGCUCGAGAAUUUUCAUUGCAUGGGCUGCGAUUUUCAGGUCUUGGUGUGCGACGACUACGUGUGGAAUACAGACGUUGACUACAUGUUCUUCAGGAACAACUACCCCAGCUUCGAGAAGCUCAGGCGGUGCCUGGUGCGGCAGCAAGGCUCGCGUGCCUACUGCUGCCAAUGCUCCUGGAAAUCCGUUCAUUCCUCCGCUGGCUUAGAGGACGUCGCGGACGGCUUGCGCUGGAGAAGGUUGUCCUGA